UGUCCAGUUGUCGUCGCAUCGCACGCAUCGAACAAUAUGGCUCGCGUCCUUGUACCGCUUUUGGUCCUUUUCGUUGCGGCCCUUUCGCAGGCAUCCGUUCUCCGCCAAUUUCCGCCAGUAGAUUUUGAAGGCAAGCAGCUACUGCUGGAGAAUCCCAACCAGCGUUUGGAGACACGUGAUGAUGAAGCGACAUAUCGCCUGCCCAACAACACCGAACCUAUCAGCUACGAUGUGACGCUUCAUACCAAUGUGCAUACUGGUGAGACUGGCUUCACCGGCACAGUGAUCAUCACUCUGGAUGUUAUUGAGACCUCGACGACAAUCACAGUUCAUGCCCGUCAAUUGGCCAACUUUACGGCUAGCAUUAUUGCGGCUGAUAGUCAGGGUACGGCGACGCAAUUGCAAUUCACACAGGAUACCGAUCGUGAAUUCCUCUCGUUCUACGCAAAUGACUUGACCCUUACCGCCGGUACCACCUGGCUGCUGACCAUCAACUAUGAGGGUAAUCUGCGCACAGACAACGGUGGCUUCUACCUCUCCACCUAUACGGACGAGGAGGGCGCCACUAAAUAUCUGGCGACCACACAGUUCGAGAGCACAGAUGCUCGUCAUGCUUUCCCUUGUUACGAUGAGCCCGCCAAGCGUGCCAACUUCACCAUCACCAUUCAUCACGAUGCCAGCUACAACGCCAUCAGCAAUAUGCCAGUCAACGCGGAAAAAUCAAGCACUGGAAUUACUUCGUUCGAUACCUCUGUGAAAAUGUCCUCCUAUUUGGUUGCUUUCAUUGUUUCGGAGUUUGUGUCGUCUUCCGGCGAGUUUAACAAUCUGCCACAGCGUGUGUUCUCCCGCAAGGGUACCGAGCAUGAGCAGGAAUGGGCACUGAUCACUGGCAUGCUGGUGGAGAAACGUCUCUCGGGAUAUUUUGAUGUGCCUUUUGCUCUGCCCAAGCUGGAUCAGGCAGCCAUACCAGAUUUCGCUGCUGGCGCCAUGGAGAACUGGGGUCUGGCCACCUAUCGGGAGGAAUAUUUGCUGUAUAACUCUGAAAACUCCACGGUGAACACACAGACAAACAUUGCCACAAUCGAGUCUCACGAGGAUGCGCAUAUGUGGUUCGGUGACCUGGUUGCCAUCGAAUACUGGAGUUAUCUCUGGCUGAAGGAAGGUUUCGCCACACUUUUCGAGAACUUGGCUGUCGACUUGGCCUAUCCUGCUUGGGAUAUCUUCCAGACCUUCCAUGCUGGCUCCUAUCAGAAUGCUUUGGUUACCGAUGCCAAUCCCAGUACCCGUCCCAUGACAUACUUCGUGGAGAAGCCCUCGGAAAUUGCUUUGUUGUACGACAACAUUGCUUACGCUAAGGCCGGUUCCGUAUUGGACAUGUGGCGCAAUGCCUUGACCAACACUGUCUUCCAACGUGGUCUGCACAACUAUCUGGAGGCCAACAAAUUCUCGGCUGCCAAUGAGACGCACUUGUUCGAUGCCAUUGCUUUGGCGGCACGUGAAGAGAACUUCGCCGUCCCGGCCACCAUUAACGAGAUGAUGUCCAGUUGGACUCGCCAGGGUGGUGUGCCACUACUGACUGUGACGCGCAACUAUAACGAUGGCAGCUUCACCGUUAAGCAGGAGCAAUACACCAACGACAAGGACUACAACAGCACCAAGCUCUGGUAUGUGCCCGUCAACUAUGCCUUGCAGUCGGAUCCCGAUUUCCGCACUACAACUGCUACGCAUUAUCUCCUGAAUGAGGCAGAGAUAACCAUUUCGGAUGCCAAGACAAUCAAAGACGAGUGGCUUAUCCUGAACAAACAGUCGACGGGCUACUAUCGCAUCAACUACGACGACGACAACUGGAAAUUGAUCACCGAUGGCUUAAGCUCACGCCCACACAAGAUUCAUCCACGUAACCGCGCCCAAAUCAUUAGCGAUUUGUAUCGCUUUGUUACCAGUGGACGCGUUGCCCACUCCACGCUGCUGCAACUGCUUACAUACUUGCCCAAGGAGGAUCAAUAUGCACCUUGGUCGGCAGUCAACACGGUGAUCACGCUGUUCAAUCGUUAUCUGAGCGGCGAUGAACAGUACGCCAAUUUCCUGUUCUAUGUGACCGAAUUGGUCAGCGAACAGUAUGACAAAUUUGGUGUGAACGAUGUUCAUGGUGAGCAACAUUUGGCCAAGUUCACUCGCAACGUGAUUAUCAACGUGGCCUGCUUGGCUGGUGUCGAGAGUUGCCUCAGUGAGACAAAGGCCAAGUUGCAGGCUUUGGUCGAUGCUGGUACCCCAAUUGAAGCCAAUCUGCAGACGCCCGUUUAUUGCAAUGGUUUGAAACAAGCCGACGAUGCGACAUUCAAUUUUGUCUUUGAGAAGUUGAUGAACUCCAACGAUCAGGCCGAACGUCGCCUGCUCAUCUCAGCUCUGGGCUGUGCACAGUCCCAAAGCCAGUUGGAGAAAUAUGUUGCCAGCAGCAUUGAUCAAACCAAUCAACUCCGUACCCAGGAACGCUACACGAUCCUCAGCCCGGUUUAUUCACGUGGCGAAGUUGGUUUGCUCACCUCCAUUGAGUUCCUGCUUGAAAACUGGGAGACUUAUGGCAACUUGAACGCAGGCUUCGGUGGCGUUAACCCACUGUACUCUGACAUUGUUUCAAUGUCAGCGUAUGUGGUCAACGAUAAUCAAAAGGCCAAGCUGCAAGAGCUUGUCGAUGUGGUUAAGAAUAGCGAGUUUGUGCCCACAACUUUGCAAACCAGCGUAGAUGCCAACGUUCAGGCUAACGAGGCUUGGUUGACUGCCAAUCGCGAACCCAUCGUCUCCUGGGUGAGCACUUUCCGCAAUGGAAGCCCUGCGAUGAGCGCAUCCAUUAUUGCUAUCGCCCUGUGCUUCUUGGUCGCCACAUUGUUUUAAGCAUUCACUAAACACAAUUGUAAGUUAGCAUAAGUCAAAGUCGAGAUAUGCCUAUUGUACUCUGUCAAUAAAAUUCCCAUACAAUUAUGAUUAAAAAAAA